AUGGCCCCUGAGCAUCGCCUCGAGGAGCCAGCGUCCGUGCAAUUGGCGGUACGGAACCUGAGGCGCAGCGUAGGCGACAACCUCAUCCACUCCAACCUGAGCUUCUCCCUGCGCAGCGGGGAGAUCCUGUUCGUUCGAGGACCCAGCGGAGUCGGGAAGUCCGUGCUCCUGCGCUGCCUGGCGUGCCUGGACCCCAUCGACUCCGGCAGCCUCAGCCUGAGUGGACAGCCUCCAGAGAAGUGGGGCCUGCCUCGUUGGCGCUCCCUCGUCACAUACGUGCACCAGGCGCGCAUCGCACACCCCGGCACACCCUCCCAGUACUACUUCCGGCUGCAGCAGCUCGCAGCCCAGCGGAGCAGGGAGAGGGGAGACCUGCCGUCCAUCGUCUCCAGCCUUGGUCUCGAGCCAGAGGUCCUCAACCAGGCGUGGCAGGAGCUUUCUGGAGGGCAGGCGCAGCGCGUGUCCCUAGGCAUUGCCCUGGCCCUGAAGCCCGCCAUCCUGCUCCUGGACGAGCCGACGAGCUCCCUGGACGCCGCCUCCGCGGAGAAGGUAGAAAGUGCGCUCAAGACCUGCGGCGCUGGCAUCGUCUGGGUCAGUCACGACCCGCAGCAGCCCGACCGCGUGGGUGGUCGCGUCCUGAACCUGCCAGCCGGCACCGAGGGCCAGGCGGGGCCGGGAGUGCCGAAGCCCGAGCCUAACACGCAAGUCAAAGCUUUCGCAGAGGAGUAG